AUGAAACCAAAGAGGAAGAAGAGCACACUGAAAGGAAAUCCAAAGCAACUUGUGGUUGCUGAUGACAAUGACUCAGCUGAUGAGAAUGAUAAAAAGCCCAAAAAGAAAAGAAUGAAACCUGAGAACAACAAACUGAUGAUUGCUCAAGAUCCACAGCCAAUCAGUUCUGAAGAUUCUGUCAAGAAAUUUGAGACCAGGAUGACACCAAACCAUCUCUUCCAACUCAUCACCGAAAUCAAUAAACCAACAGAUCUUAAGGAAGAGCCAGAUGCGGUAGAUUAUCGCCAACUACAAAGGCAGGGUAUAAGAGAUAUUAGAUUUGGCGCCUUGCUGGAUCUCAAAAUCAAAAAUAUUCCAACAACUUUAUGUAGUUUUCUGGCAAACAAUUUCCAGACCGGUGCGAGACAAGUCCCAUUGAAUGGGAACAAUGUACUGGAUAUCAAACAUGAAGAUAUUGUUGUUGUACUUGAUCUUCCUCGUGGACCCAAACCAGUGGAGGAAUUCAAACAGAAUGAUCCCGCUAUAACGGACCACGCUGAGAUGGUGGAUGCAUUCAAGAAAAGAAUGGGAUACGACAUUCGUGAGAAGGAAAUGGAGUUAAAAAUCAAACCAGAUGAACAAGCAAAGCAAACAAUCAAGAUCCUAACAGAUGCAAUGGUGUCGAUGAGUAGAAAGAUGCCUCCGCCUUCAGUGGGGAAAUCCGUGCCUAUUUCAAAAGAAGUGGUGGUUGAUGAACAACAAACUCAACCACAAGGGGCACAGGGACUGGAUCAAUUGAGCCAGACAAAUGAUGAGGCUUCUCUUCCAGUGGGGAAAUCCGUGCCUACUUCAAAAGAAGUGGUGGUUGAUGAACAACAAACUCAACCACAAGCACAUGGAACGAAUAUCUCCACAACAGAAAAGAAGAGAUCCCAUCAAGAUUCCACCGGCCGGAAUUCAGGUGUGACAUCCACCUAUACCAAAAGGUCGAGAACCAUUGGUACCAGGAAAAGGAAAGUAUUCAAAGACCCAACUAUCCCACACUUCAACCUGGGUAUCUUCUCCAGUCAGGAAGACAGUUACGAGAUAACCCAAGAGAAGAACACUGAGGAAGAUAUCACAGGAAGUGUUGAUUUGGAUAAAGAUGUCAAUGAGACUAUAAAAGUAGAAGAAUAUCCAGUACCAUCUGCACUCGACGAAAAAAAGAAUCCCACUCCUUCCAUCGAUGAAAUCAUAAGAAGGGCCAGUGCACCAGCUUCAGAACCAUUAAGUGAUACCAAAAAACUAGAGAUGAUUGUCGCUGCUGCAGAACAAGUUGAGAAGAACUCAAAGGUGGUUGAAGCAGUCCCUUUAAGCAUAAUUCCACCCGAUUGGAAUAUUACUUCUACCACGGGCAAUCUAUUGAUGCUGGAAAAAAAUGAGUGUACCACGCCACCGCCUGCAAUCUCAAAGAAAGCUGAUGAGCUUGAUGAAGAGUUAACAAAGACAAUGGAAAAGAUCCUCAAUGAAAAACCUAAGAGGAGAAAUCCACCAAGAGUCCACCGGUUGCCCGAAUGGUUUCGGUUCUUCCAAAGCUAUGUUGAAUGCGUGUUUCCACGCAUAGAACUGGUCAGUGCUCAGUACACCUUGACAGAGGUUACGCUACCAUCGCAUAAGGACAAAACGCCGAAUGCGGAAGAUUGUGGAAUAUACACAAUGCACCACAUGGAGCGGUAUGAUGGUGGUGAGUAUGAGGAUGGUACUACUUUGGAUUUCAACAAAGGGAACAUCAAAGAGUACCGGUGGAAAUACAUGAUAAAAAUCCUUAUGCACCCAGCCAACAAAAAUAAGGACAAAAUCCUCGAAGCAAUGCACCAGUUCUAUACAAAUACUGCUGAAGAAGAACAAAAAGAAAUUCCAGAUCAUGUUGAUUUGAGCAGCAAAUCUUACUACAAUGACAGAAAAAUUCAGGGAUGGGUUAAAUGA